CUUCCCAUGGUACUUUGAGGUCGGAGCUUGCGCAAUACCCACGGGCCUGGCACCCAGCGUUUGUUUGGUUUUGUUUUUGUCACUUACUGGGUUGAAAAAAACGAAUUGCUGAAGUUCAUAUACGUUGAGCUUGUCGCAUGAGGUUACUGGGAAAGCUCCUCCCUGCCAUGAGAACUGACCACCAGGUCGCAAACCCCCCCUCCUUUAGCAGUUGAUGGAUCUGCAGCUGGUCCAGAGAUGACAGACAGCGCCCGGGCCUUCCUCCGCAAUGUUGCGACGGGAAUCAAGGACUCCAUUUUGGGGAUUGGAACCAUCUCAAAGCUGGACGCUCGCAUCCAGCAGAAGAGGGAGGAGCAGAGAAGGAGGAGGGCCAGCGGGGCCCUGGCACAGAGACGGGCACAGAGCGAGGAGCGCAAACCUGACAAUGAACCCAAGUUAGCCAGUAGGAUUUUUCAAUGCUGUGCCUGGAAUGGAGGUGUAUUCUGGCUCAGUCUGUUUCUCUUCUAUCGGCUGUUCAUCCCGCUGCUGCAGAUGAUUACAGCCCGAAUCAUCGGUGACCCGUCCCUCCACGGCAGUGUGUGGUCCUGGCUAGAGUUUAUCCUCACCUCCGUCUUCAGCGCCCUCUGGGUGCUCCCCCUGUUUGUGCUCAGCAAGAUCGUCAACGCCAUCUGGUUCCAGGACAUAGCUGACCUGGCGUUUGAGGUGUCCGGCAGAAAGGCCCAGUCGUUUCCCAGCGUCAGCAAGAUCAUCGCAGACAUGCUGUUUAACCUCCUGCUUCAGGCUCUAUUCCUCAUCCAGGGUAUGGUGGUCAGCCUCUUCCCCAUCGAUGCCAUCGGGCAGAUGGUCAGCCUGCUGCACAUGUCCCUGCUGUACUCCCUCUACUGCUUCGAGUACCGCUGGUUCAACCACGGCGUUGAGAUGCACCAGCGGCUGUCCAACAUCGAGAGGAACUGGCCCUACUACUUUGGCUUCGGGUUGCCCAUGGCACUUCUGACCGCUCUGCCCUCUUCCUAUAUAAUCAGCGGCUGCCUGUUCUCUAUCCUCUUCCCUCUGUUCAUCAUCAGCGCUAAUGAGGCCCAGACGCCCACAAAGCUAUACCACUUCCAGCUGCGCCUCUUCUCCCUUGUGGUGAUGAUCAGCAACAAGCUCUUCCACAAGACCGUCCACCUGCAGACCUCGCUCACGCCUUCCCCCUCCGUCGAGAGGCUGCCAUCGCCCCACACAUCGCCCGCGCGCCAAAAACCGCCGCCCGCCAGCCACUGAAGGAUGGUCACUCGGAGGACGGGCCCCGGAGGACGGGCCCCGGAGGACAGUCCCCGGAGGACGGGCCCCGGACGAGGCUCGGCAGCUGAGGCGUGGGGACAAGAGGAAAAGGAUUCUGGGAGAUGGAUUUGUAUUUGGGUUGAGGGUGGUGGUGAGGAUGCUGACAUUUGAUUAAGGACAAUGGGUCUACGAUUUAAUUUUUGUAAUAUUUUUUUUACUAAUCUGCGGCCCUUUUUAAUGUGGAUUUGGCAUGCCCAUCACUUUUUUUUUUUUUUAACAAGACUGGAUAAUCGAACUGACUUGCCUGUGCCUCUCACUUAAAUCCCAUUUUAAUUAUUUAUUCAUUUUCCGGUUAUGUGCCAUUUGUAAUGUCCCUCUGUUAAUUACCUACAGCACAAGAUUUUAUCCAUGGUGUUCAGAAAAGGUUAAAGAAAUGGAGUGAUGUACCCUGAAAGAGGGUGUCUUUGUGUUCUCUUUUAAGGGACAUGUUUGCCUGUAAAGAAAGUAAGCACACUUGUAGUUGAGCUUCGUUAGUAGAGAUGGAAGAACUUCAACAGAUGUCAAAUGCAAAGUAGCAGGAGAACAGUGUCUAUGAUUCCUUCAGAGUAGCAAUGCUUUGGGGUCCAGUGGAGCACCUUUCUAUGGUAUUUUUAUUAUUAAGUGCUUUGUUUUUAGCUGAAUUUCUUUUAAAACCGCAAGGAUGCUGGCAAAAUGUCAGUAAAGAAAACAUUGUAUGCCCCGAAAAAUUAAUCUUGAUUUGUUAAUUGCAUAAAGUAGAUUGUGUUGAUUUGUACCUCAUUCUUCAUCCCAAAGUACCAUUUCACUCCCCUCUGGGCACCGCAAUUCAGGGAUGAUAUGACCUGUAUGAGAUGAUAAUGAUGUUUCCGUCUUUCCUAGGUAGUUUAAGUUAAACGACUCUACUGGAGUCAGACGACACUGCCAAACUUUUUAUUCAUGUUUAUUUUUAUUUUUUUCCAUUUAUCGAAGUUGAUAAAACAACUGAGGGGGAGUAGUGGAGUUAGCUUCUAUUCAAGGAUCAGAAGGAGACUUUACUAGUCCAUGCAGACAGACCAUGGGCCUCUGGUUGCUAGUGCUGCCGAUGAUGACUGUGUGUUAUGAAGGUGUAACUUGAAAUCCACAAUAAGUCAAUCACCAUAACUGACUAUAUUUGUAAGGGAUUUGGAAGUGGCCAUCUUUUGGAAGAGGUGACAUACAAGUGAUGGAUGGCGUUUGUGGAGACUGAUAUUUGUCAGUGAGGUUUUGUAAAAGUAACAUGUCUAAUUUCAAUAAAAUUGGUCAGUAUUCUACA